AUCAAUUCUUUGUUAUCAUCAUCAUUAUUAAUGUGAAACACUACACACACACAGUGACAAUAAUUAUGGCAACAAUCAAAAAUAUUGAUUGUAUAAUUGAAAUAUUGAAAAAUUUAUCAAUUAAUGAUCGUGAACAAUGUCGUCAAAUUUCGACAAUAUGGAAUUGGUCAGCAAAUUGUUUAGCAUUGAUACAAUCCGAAUUGAAUAUCCAGGGUUAUGAUCGUCAUUAUCAAUGUCGAAAACAUUUACAUUUACAACAACGACAAUAUCGACCACAAAAUACUAUUUUCGGUGAAGAUGUUGAUGAUAAUGAUUUUCAAAUAUCAAACAAUAAUUUAAAUACAAUAAAAUGGCCAUAUCCAUUUAUACGUUAUCAAUGUUAUUGUUUAAUGUUGAAACGUUUUCCAAAUCUUCGUACCAUCCGAUUUGAAUCAAUAAAUCAUUGGAAUGAUCAUAUGAUUGAAGAAUUAAUUAUUAAUUGUCCACGAUUACAAUCAAUUUCAUUUAUUCAAUGUCAUGGUGUUGGUCGUAGUCGUAUGGAUGAAUCAAAUCAUAUAAACCUUACAUAUAAUGGUUGGCAACGAAUGAUCACUACAUUUGGUCAACAAAUUCAUACAUUGAUUCUUAAAGAUUGUCAAAUUGAUGAACGUCAAUUGGCUAUUAUUAUUAAUGGAUUUCGACAAUUAAUACGAUUAGAUAUAACAGAUAAUCGUUUGGAACAAGCAACAGCAUUAAGUAAUUUAUCAUCAACAAUUCGAUCAUUAUCAUUAGGAAAUUAUUUAUCAUCGGAAACAACAAUUAUCAAUGACAAUCAUAAUCAUAAUCAUAAUGAUGUUCAAUAUAUACCAAUAUUAUCAAUUGUUUCGGGUCCUGGCUGUCAAUCAAUAACAGAAUUAUUUGUACAAGGUUAUAUUGAUAAUCAAUUUCCAUUAAUUGAACGUAUGAAACAAUUACAACGAUUAACAAUACAUUUUUGGCGUACAUUAUUUGAUGAACAUGAUUCAAUACAAUGUUUAUCAUCGAUUCGUCAUUUAAGCCAAUUACGUUGUUUAGAAAUUUAUCAUCAUAAUACACAUGAUACAUCAUUAUCAAUGAAUAAAGAAGUGUUACAAAUAUUACGUGGUUGUCCAAAUUUGGAACGUUUUGUAUUUGAUUCGAAAAAUGGUUUCGAAUGUCCAUUCAAUGAUCGAACAUUCGAACAUAUGCGCGAGUAUUGUCCAAAAAUGACAUGUUUAGCUAUAAAUCCGGGUGAUUUUUCAACAACAAAUAAUGCUUUACAAAUAUUAUCAACAUUUCCACAAUUACAACGAUUACAAUUAAUUGAUUUUCCAUCAAUAAAUCAAUUGGGAAUUUUAGCCCUAUUAAAUCGAUCCAAAACAAUAACCGAUUUAAUUGUACGUGAUUGUUGUCAUAUUGAACAACCGGAAAAAUUUAUUCAAUCAAUAAUCGAUAUUCAUCGAAAAGAUCCAUUACGUCGUUUAAACAUACAAAUAUCACAAUCAUCAACAUCAUAUCGUUUUAUAUCAACGAAACCUGUGAUUCAUUCAAUCAAUUUACCUGAAAAUAAUCCCAAUCUAACCAUAACCAUAUCACAACCAUUAUCAUCAUCAUUUUCGUCAUCAUCAUCAUCAUCAUCAUCAUCAAUAUUACAACAAUCAAAAUAUUUUCAAUAUGCAUAUCGAUUAUUUGAUCAUUCAAAUUAUCAAUUUAUUCAAACAAUAUUAACAAUACCGGAUAUUAUAUUAAAUGGAAUGAAAAUUCUAUCCACAUUAACUAUAAUAUCAUUAGUUUUUAUACUUUAUUUUUUACAAUCAUUAUAUUCAUCUUGUAUGGAACGAUCAUUUUCAUUUGGAACAACAAUCAUUCCAUCAUCAUCAUCAUCUCAACAACAACAACAACAGCAACGCGAGCAAAAUCAUCGAUCAUCCUCAUCAAUAUUCAAAACCGAAUCAUCGAUAAAUUUCAUGUACAUCAUAUCAUUCAUUGCAUCAAUAUCAUUUUUAUAUUUAAUAACAAAAUUAUGUUUUUUAAUCAUAACACAAUCAUAUUCAUUUCUGUUGAAUUUAUAA